GCCUCUCCCCACUGCUUCCAUUUUCACACAACCCACAGGCUCGGCUCGCUUCCCACCAAUGCGUAGCCCCUAGCCACGCCUGCCCCCAAGACGAGGACUUUGAGUGGAGUGGCCAAUUGCCUCAUUUGGUGCUGUGCGAGUCAACUGAUCAGGAGGAUUGAAGUCUAUAAAGGCUGGAUUCGGCUCCCGUCUCUCUUCCGUUACCGCGAUGACCUCCCGCAAGAGGUCGAGCUCGGGCUUUGUGCAGUCGCAAGGUGGUCGGUCCACUCGGCGGCGCGCGGACGCAGCGCCAGCUUACCACGGGAACGAGACGCACGGCGGAGAGAUUGCGCUUAAUUCAGUUGGAGCGACCGCAGCUGAGACGGCGGUGAGCCCGGGAGCAGGAGAGGCGAUCUCCCCAGUGCAGAGAAGUUCCACGACUUCGUCUAUCCCUGCUCUAGUCGCUACCCCCUCGCAUGUUGGUCCGUCUGCCAAUGGACCCUUCGUCCAGUACGUCCCAGGCUCGUCGAACAGGCCCCGCAACGGCCCUCCCCACGUAUGCACCGUCUGCGAUAAACACUUCAUGAGGCCCUCGACACUCGCUACGCAUAUGAACAUCCACUCGGGUGCUACACCGUACAUUUGCGGCUUCCAAGGCUGCCACGCGCGCUUCAACGCGCGGUCGAACGUGACGCGGCACCGCUACCUGCACGGCGCUGCGUUUGCGCAGAAGCAGGGCGAUAUCGAGACGGGAAGGGCGGCAAGAGGGAUGACGGUGUUCGUCGAACCCGUCGUGGCCUCGCCGAGUGGGAUUCCUAUGGCUCCGCCGAAUGGGCCGCUUGUGAGCACCAGGGUAAGUGCAUCGUCGUACGAGAUGGCGGGGGAGUUCGGUGCGGCGUGGUCAGUCGAUGACGCGGGGAGUAGCAACGAAGUGGGUCCGUCGAGUGCUCAACAGCCUGCUGAUCACGAGGUGCGUUGGAUGCCGGUGAAUCAGGUGUCCCGAGGGCGUACAUCGUACUCGCCUAUUGCGAUGACAGGCAGCAGAGGGUCGAAGAAGCAGCACAGAAAUGCAGGCCCUCGAUCCGAAGGUUGAAAGCUAUCUGGCGGGCAAUACUCUACCAUACACGCAUACACUACUCUUGCCGUUUCUUGCUCUGGUCGGUUCGCUUUGUUCCAUAUCGGUCUGUUUAACCUUGUCUGUAUAUCGUCUAUUUCCAAAUAGGCAUGUAUAUUUGUAUGACCACAUAUAUACAGUGCGACCCGCCACUUCUCGACUGCCUCUUUGGGCGGGACCAUCAUUUUUG